GUGUGAUGUUCGCCAAACCCCAAAGCUUUCUGUUUUCAGUGAGCAAACUGUUCCAUCAUCAUCAUCAACAACAAUGGCGAGAAAUGAGUGCAAUGACAAAAGUGAGAUUGAAAUGGGUGAAAAACAAGAACCUCGAUCACAUCAUUGAUACAGAGACCGAUCUCAAAGCAGCUUGCAUUCUCAAAGACGCCAUCAAACGAUCUCCCACCUGUUUCCUCACCGCUAAAUCCGUCGCCGACUGGCAGAAACUCCUCGGACUCACCGUCCCUGUCCUCCGCUUCUUGCGCAGGUAUCCGACUCUGUUUCAUGAGUUCCCGCAUUCUCGUUACGCAAGCUUGCCCUGUUUCAAGCUAACGGAGACAGCACUUAUGCUUAACUCACAAGAAGAGAUUAUUCAUCAAACCCACGAGGGUGAUACAGUGGAGAGACUCUGUAGACUUCUGAUGAUGAUGAGAACAAGAACCGUUUCCCUCAGAUCACUACACUCUCUCAAGUUCGAUCUUGGCUUACCAGAUAACUACGAGAAGACGUUAGUCAUGAAGUAUCCUGACCACUUCUGCUUUGUUAAGUCCUGUAAUGGAGACCCUUGUCUAAAGCUUGUAACUUGGCGUGAUGAAUUUGCAUUCUCUGCUCUUCAGAAGCAGAACGAGAGGAGUGUUGUUGCCGUGGAGGAUAGUCUUUACCGUGAGUUCAAACGAGGACAAGCCGCGUUGACUUUCCCUAUGAGCUUUCCUAGAGGAUACGGAGCUCAGAAGAAGGUCAAGGCGUGGAUGGAUGAGUUUCAAAGCCUUCCUUACGUAUCUCCUUACGAUGACGCAAGUAACAUUGACCCGGAGAGUGAUCUCAUGGAGAAACGAGCAGUGGGAGUUUUGCACGAGCUCUUGAGCUUGACUGUACACAAGAAAACCAAGAGGAACUACUUGAGAAGCUUGAGAGCUGAGCUUAACAUUCCGCAUAAGUUCACUCGUCUGUUCACGAGAUACCCCGGGGUUUUCUACCUCUCGUUGAAGUGUAAGACAACUACUGUGAUUUUAAAAGAAGGGUAUCGUCGAGGGAAGCUAGUGGAUCCGCAUCCUCUCACUCGUCUUAGAGAUAAGUUCUAUCAUGUGAUGAGAACAGGGCUUCUUCAUGGGGCUAGAGGGGUAGGCAUGGUCUCUAAAGAGGAACUAUUGGUUGAUAAGAUAGAUGAUGAUGGCCUUGAGGAAGAAGGCUCUGAAGGAGAAGAGAUUGUGGAAGGAAGUGAAGUUGAAGAAGAUUCAGAAGAUGACUAACAAUAGCAGUUGAGUCCAAAUGUUAAACACUUUACUGCAAUUUUUGUCUCUGGAACUUAGUUUGAUAUAGUGAGAGAUUGUAUUUCUCCAAGAAAGAUUAGCAAACAAGCCAACAACAGUGGAAACCAAGAAGAAGAUCAAAACUGGAGAACACUACUGUCUA